GACGAACGGCCGCGACAGUCCGCUCGGCCGACAGACGCGUCCGCGACACCGAACAGGAAGGUACCGUUCUCUCUGCGCUCACGGUGCUCGUCUCUCGCCGCAGCUCGUGCCUCUUGUUCAACAAUCGUUCUCGCCUCGUUCCUCCGCACCGGUUCAAACGCGUUUCCUAUUACGCUUCUACACGGAGGCGUAUUAAAAGUAAACGGAGGAGACAAAGUGUGAGCAUCGGCCCCAAUUGGAUUUAACGAAGAUCGGCAUCGCUCCGAUUCCAUCUCGUUGGGGAAUCUUUUCUCGUUCGCGUGGUGGACAGUGAGAGAGAGAGAGCGUCGCUCCGUUUCGCUGGCUAUCCGGCGAUCCGUGCGAAUCGCAAGUGCGUGAGAAAGUACGGGGGUGUGCUUCGGGCGAAAGAGGGUACCACUUCGUUUCGCUAGCUUUCUUGUGCUCCUAGCGUGAGAUUUCACAGUGCGAUCUGUUAACGAUUUACGGAAUUUCUUCUGUGGAUAGCUAGCCCCGGAGGAGGAGGAGACUGGUGCACUUUUUUAUUAUUCAGUGUGUCGAGAGAUAUAUCUCGUUUAUUACAGUUGUGAAAAAUCUUCGAUACUGUUUUUUUUUCUUUUUUUUUUUUUUUUUUGUGAAACCUUUUCUUUUUUUUUCCUCCCCUUUUUUAACGCAACGACACGUAACGCUUCGAUCCGAGAGAGAAAGGAUCGUUGGGUGAGAUGCUCGGGAGGAUUUCUCUUCCACGGUGAUUCGCGCGAUUCCGUCGCCGAGCGUCGGAUGCUCUUACUGUCUGUGAAAGAAGAAGCAACGAGGAAUUCGUUCGAAGAGUUGUUGGAUUUCGUUGGAUGGAUUUUUGAAAAGGAAAAAAAUUCGUCUCUCCGAUGCGUCACCUGUUCGCGUCCCAUCUGUCGAAAUAAUCCACGUUUCGUCGAUAGCCUUUCGUCGUUACGGUCGGAUUUAAGAAAAGUUAGACCAAUGAGAGGGCAAGCAAGGUGCGCUCGUGGUGAGAGAAACACGGGGUGGAUCCAUGGAACGCGUACCUCGGUGGACACCGUUGGAAGCAGCCGAACACCGGAGAAAUUUGAUCGGUUCUAACGGCCAAUCGUCGUUCGCCGAGGAUUUCGUCGAAGAAUUUCGCUACUCGCGAAGUCAACGAUUCUCUUAGACUCACUCUCCCUCGUUUCGAAAACAUCGAAUCGAAGGAGUGUAGCAACUUGUGCGGAUAAACUGUGCGGAUAAACGUUGGAAUUGUUGUCGGGAAUGUUCGUUGGGAGGACAAACGGGGACGAGUAAUUUGCGAGUCCCACAGUUUGAUCGUUCGAGGAAAAGGGAAGAAGGGAGAAGGAAAUAAAGGGGGAAAGAGUGAAAGGAAAGAAAGAAGAACUCGAUAGUUAACGAGGAGGAUAGUGAAGUGUGGAUGUGGUGUCCGUGCAACGGUGGUGGAAGGUGGUUGUUGUGGACGGCAGCGACGAAGGUGCAGGUGUCGUCAACGUAUUUGUUGUUAUUCUUGUUGUUCUCGUCGUUUGUUUGUUGAUUGUUGUAUCCCCCGGUGAGCAGUGGUGACGCCUGUGCGCGCUGCUCGUUCGUCCACGUUGUUACGAUGGUUUCCACGUCCUUUGUAACUUUGGUGUUCUUCGUCUGCCUGCAAACGAUAUUACUCUCGACCGUGAGCAAUUGCGCAAAGACGAUCAGCAUGUACUGGAACACCACCAAUUCCAUAUUUCGAAUAGACAACACAGACCAUAUAAUAGACGUGAACAAGAACAACGCGGCGUUCGAGUACGAUCAAGUGAACAUAAUAUGUCCUGUGUACCAGCCAGGAACGUAUGACGAGGACGCGGAGAAGUAUAUCAUUUACAAUGUGUCCAAAGAGGAGUACGAAACAUGUCGGAUAACAAAUCCGAAUCCGCGAGUGAUAGCGGUCUGUAACAACCCGUAUAAGACUAUGUACUUCACGAUCACCUUCAGGCCGUUCACACCGCAACCCGAAGGCCUGGAGUUCCUGCCAGGCCACGAUUACUAUUUCAUCAGCACUUCGUCCAAGGACGACCUCCACAAACGCAUCGGUGGACGAUGCACAAGUAACAACAUGAAGGUGGUCUUCAAAGUGUGCUGCCGCAACGAAGCUGACACCUCGUCGUCAUCAGCGACAUCGCGUAACAAUUCCGUGGCCGUGACCAGCAGCACCGUGCCAAGCAGCAGCUCGACCAGCACCGCUGUUUUGGGUGGAGGAGCCGCUGGGAUACCACCCCCGCCACCACCGAGCGUCCUCAAGGGCGGAGAUCGAUUCUACCCAGGGGGCAGCAUUCAUCAUCAUCACGAUCAUCAUCAACCGGCCACGGCGGCGCCGACCCUGCCCCACGUGCCCCCUCCGGCCAUCUACCCCGUGCAUCCGCAUCAGCCUCCGAUUCACAAUGGACCGCCGUCCUCCUCGCCGCCCAAGACCUCGAUCGGCCAGAAGAAGAAGAACAAGGAAUAUUCAGACCAUCCGAACGAAGUGGUGAAGAACGAAGAAUUGACUUAUAAUGGAGCGAGUUCCAGCCGUGUUCAAGAUCGGUACAGCCAAUUGUUUGUAGUGCUGAUGGGAAGCUUGUUGAUCAGCGCGAUUCUGCCGCAAUUAUUGCGGUGAAGUGACAACAUUACUGACGAGAACGUAUAUCUCAUACGUCGAAACCCCUUUUUCUGUGAUUAUCCUACGUUUAAUUAAUUUCUUGAGGCACGCGUGUGCACGCGCACUCGCGCAGCCGCCCCUCGAUCGUGAAAAAAUAAAACGUGCACGAUUUAUGGUCGGACUGCCUCGAGAGAAAAAGAGAACGAGAAAAUUUAAUCGGGAUGGAAGAAAGACAAAAACGAACAACUUUAAAAAAAAAAAAACGAAAAUUUAAUGAAAAUAAAAGAGAAUACGAUUUAAGAAGAAUGAAGAGUUGGUAAAAAAUAAAUAAACGUUAAAUGUCAAGAGAAGAGACACGCACGACACACGAGCAGCAACGCCGCCAUAUUGAAACUAUUCGAAAACGAAGAAAGAAGAUGUAGCUAAGAUUACAAAGACGAAGAAAGACGAAAUGAGGAGAAACGCUACUACUAGACAUUAUUAUAGUAUGCCCACUAUUAUCACUACUAUAAAUGGUAGUCGUAUUGGUUGUCCUUCUUAUCAUUACGCUAAUUCUAGGUAUUUAUUGGAAAUACGAAGAAAAAGAACGAAAUGAACAGCGUGCUAACUAUCCUCAAGCGAGAUGCAAUAUAUCUAUAGUAUAUAAUAAUGAUAAAUAUAUAUGUGAGAAAAACGCGAAAAUUCUUUCCUUUAAAGACCAUAAUCUCGCGUGUAAAAAUUUCAGUUAAAUCGAAUUACUGAUAAUAUUGAUUGACGAACGGUUCUUUGUCACUCAUUCCUUUAUCGCUUAUAGAAACAUUGUAACUGACAAAUCAUAUGAUGAAUCACUUUAAUUUAAAAUUUACAUAAGAAGCUAAUUAUUAAAUAAUACGAACUAAAUCAACUUGCUAUUUUAGUAUAUAUAUAUAGUACUUACCAUUUAUUUUCUUUAUAAUAUUCCCACUCACAUGUCACGAAUAUAAAUUUUUUUACUUCACUGUGAACAUCAUGUCGUACACUGAUCAUAUUCGUUGCGAUAAUCGAAUCAAACGAUAAGUUGCGAUUAGUCGCGACGUCAGCGCCAAUAAUCGAAUCGAAAUCUAUCGAAGAAUAUUGUAAUGGCGGAGAAUCGUUCUUUGCUAAGAGUCGCGAUCAGGAUAAUUAGCACGCGUGUAAAUAAAUUCCUAAUUAAAUAUGUACAAGUGACUCUUGCCUCAUCUUAGAGGCAGAGGAAUUUAAGAGAGUGCCGUAUAAUAGGUAAAAUCUUAUAUAUGACACGUGAAGAGUGCGUGAGUGAAAAUGGCCAAGUGUGAUAGAGUAUGACGUGUGCGAGUGUUAUGAGACACGUGUGACAUUCGAAAAUACAAGGAUCGCCCGUUGGAUAGUCGAGUGUUACAAAAAUUAUGUAAGGUGCGACAAAUCUGUAAGUUCCGACCGCGGUUCUUGCAACCGUGACACUUUCACGAAUAUGUGAAGUAUCGUCAUGAAAAAAUCCGAAAUUCCUCGCUUCAAUCGAGUUCGUCGAAAGAAGAACGAGCGAACGAACGAAAGUAUGGUAAUGUAUGAAAGAGAGACUGAUCACGAAGCGAGAAAUAAAAAAUAAAAUUUUUGUAUUAUAGUUGUAUCAUACCGAACUUUAUCUAUAGAUCUGUAUUAUAUUUAUUAUCCGCUAUCAUUACGCUACGAAUAAUCACACUCGAUAUUCUAUAUUUACUAGUAAAAGAAAUAUCAAAUUUAAUAGCGAAUAAAUUGCGUAUUCGGCGGGGUAAUGAUAAAAAAAAAACGACAUGAUGCGAGUAAAACGAUGAAUUCUUGACUCCUAUGAUCAUCGAAUCCACCAUUUGUUGUUUUUUUCAUUUUUUUUUUUUUUAUUCUCUCGUAUUGUAUCGUUCGAAAAUGUUGAACGUGCGCGUUCAAAUGCGUACUUGAACACGUGCUCGCGAGUUCAAUAAAUUAACAGUGCGAUCAUCGAUUUUAUUUGUAUCAUCCUUCGUACUACAUUGUUGUCUCUAUAGUUCUUUUCUUUCUUUUUUAUAUUCUAUUUAUUAUACACCGCCACGCAGACUUCAUUUCCAUACGCGUACUAACGAACGUAUGCGCAUGAAAAUCGCAUUUAUUUGUAAAACAUACGGGAUUACAUAUAUACAUGCACAGUGGUCACAUUCGUUACACGCGAUUUCGCUCUGGUCUGACGCAUGCGCCGAUAACAACGCCCUCUCUUCAUCAAGCUUCGUUUACAUUGAAAUCGCAAACGAUGUCGUUUUAUGAACGCUAAUAUAAUUCUAAAGCGUAUUUUCUACGUAAUUGUAAACGUAAUCGUUUCUUGAUCACAAUCACGGAUCUAUAUUUCUAUUAUUCACAAUAUUGGCACAGCAAACGUCAAAUAUGUAUCUUGGAUUUUUAAUCACGCAAAACAUAUUAUCUCGGUAAUACAGUACACAAUGCAUGUGCAUCGUUGUCGUGUAAUCUAUAAUUUUUUAAUUUUUUCCGCCAAUAUAAUAUUGGUUACACGAUCACGAUAGCGCUAAUUUGUAUAAGUAUAUAAAAUUAAUAUUUACGCGUAUAGCUCACUUUCCAGAAUGAUAAAUUGUCAUUUUGUAACAUGUGCAUUAAUAUUAUACAUUUUUUCAUGUUGGUAUAUCUGACGACUGAUUAAUCAUAAUUGACAAAUUGUAUCUAUUAAACUUAUAUUGAUGAUACGAAAAUCAGCGAAUAUAAUUGUAUAUAUAACCUAGUCUCAAAAAUGGAUCCGUGAGUGUCAGUGUAAACGGAGCUCAAUAUAAUUGUUUUCGCGCGUAUGAAAAUGCACACAAUGGCCGAAGAGCGUUCAAGGAUGCGAAGGAUAAAAACAAUAAGGAGCAAAUAAUCGUUUUGCGUUGGCCACAAGAAAAGAAUUCGACCGAACGACAAUUAGAGUAAUGAAUUAUUGUAAAUACGAAUAUGCGGAGAGAAUUACAUAUUGUAUAAGGCAGAGCGAUAGAAUGCGAGAAAGAGAAUGAAAGUGAGAGAGAAAGAGAGAGAGAGAGAGAGAGAAAAAGAGACCCCUAAUUCCGAAUCGUAGAUAAUAAAGAAGAAAUGUAUUCUGAUGGUUGCUCGAUUGACCGACUCGUUUUCAUCGUUCAUUGAUGGUUUAUCGUCCUUGAUUAUACGCGGCAAUUAAAUGAAAAUCAAUGGCCACGAUUAGCCGGGAAUGUUGAAGGAAACGGCGGAAAUCAAAUGCGUGUAUAAUGUUAUCCAUUACAGUAUUGUAAGCCUAAGUAUUACAUGCCUCCGAUCCACGUCUGUUUGUCUGUCUGUCCGUUCGUCUGUCUACAAUUUAUACUUUUUACCCAUGUGUUAACCGCAAUAGCAAUUUCGUACACACAUAUGAGCGAUCGAUGAUCGAGAAAGCAGUUCACGACGAUACCGCGAUUCCAUGAUUCAUAUAGAAUAUAGAUUUACAUAAUCACAUUUCCGUUUCGUUAAUUAUAGCUACUAUACGAUAAAGUUUCUUUUUAGUUUUCUCUCUAGUCGUUUUUUUUUUUUUUUCAUUUGCACUCGUGUACUUAUAUACGUGGAAUUGUUUGUGAAAUCUCUGAUCAACCCGCAAAUCGAAAUCCAAAGACAAUCACCUGCACCAUUGUAAAGAAAAGCGUUCAGAGUCUCAGCGUAGAUCAGUCAUCUAUUAUAGCAUCACAAUAUCCACUAGAUAUAUAUAUAUACAUAUAUUAGAUAUAUGUAUAUAUAUAUAUAUAUAUACAUAUGGUUCGUUAACCUUUUCACACGAAGUAGUUAACACACGAUUGUACAAAAUGUUUCUCAUAUACAAGUUCGCUUUGCGGGUCUCAGAGAAUAUUACACAUACAGUACAUACAUUUGUAAAGGGACGCAAAUAAUAGAGUGCAUUUAUGUUUUUAAUCGUUAACCAUGUAACAAUUAUACAUUUCAAAUUGUGGAUGUAUCGAUUGAACUGCUGAUUGAUGGCAAAGAUCAUCGAUCGACUUAUCGAUAGCGAAUUAAUCAGAACCAGCGUGAAAGCCCGUAAUCAAUUAAACAUAAAUGCAAUAGCAAUGCAGCAAAGUUACAUAGAUCCAAUGUGAAUGGUACUCAUUCUUACGGACGAUAGGUAAAUAUAAACAAUAAUAUAGACUCGAACUAUCGAUAGAAAAUAGACAAGGUCACUCACUGCAAUUUAUUUUUAUUUUUCUCUCCUUCAUUUAUUUUUUUUAUCUUUUUUUUUUUUUUUUUAAUUUGUUUUGCUCCGAUUUGCUCCAAAAACAUUUCCAUCCACGCUCCGAUCCCAUCACUACCGACCACGUGAAACGCUGUUUCUCGAAAGUUAUUUUUAUAAUCGUGAACAGGGACAAGCAUUGUACCAUAAGGUACUUAAAUCGUUAGUAGAAAGUAUAUGUAUAUAGAUAUAAUAGAAAGUUUAACGAUACCGAUAUUAAAUAAAAGAACACAAUAAUAAUCGUAAUAUCAUCGAAGAUUACGAUUAAUCAAAUCGCGCGUUAAGAUUAGUCUUCAUUGUUAAUCAUGUAUACACAUUAUUGUAUACACACAGGUAAAUAUAUACACACGUUGCAAAUUGCACGUUUCGAACAGAAAUACAUGAAGAACAAAAUGAGGAACAGGUUUCACGAUUUUCUAAUCCAAAGACGUUCGAACCUCUUUUCAUUGAUGAUUUUUUUUUUUUCUUUUUACGAUUUAUUUUUGCUAUUUCAUUGUGUUAUCCUCUCGUGUGCGUGUUUAGGAACAAUGCCAAGAGAUUAGAGAUCUCAGGAGUAAGGAGAUCACAGUAUGUGAUUAUCGUUACGUUCACGAAUGGACUUGUUCCUCUCUUCUCGAGACAAAGGAUAUAAAAAGGAGAUGAGAUAAAAUAAGCAUUAACGAGAAAGAAAGAAUUAUGAGGAAGGGAAAGGAAAAUAUGAAAGGAUCGAUAUUAAAUUAGAUAUACCGCGUCGAAUUGAUAAUACCGCGGAUUUAUUGAGCGGUAAAAUGGAAUCGAGAUGAUUUCGUAGGUACGUCUUUGUAAAUAAAAAAAAAAAAAAAUGAAGAGAAAAAGACAAAAAAGAUUACGAUCGAUAAAAAUAAACGAUAACACGAUGAAAUUUAUAUUAAAUACAUAGCAAGUACGAGGAUAGGUUUCUAAUAACGAUUUAUUAUAAAAGUGAAUGUACGUUGAUGUCUAAGAUUUUUAACAAGAUGGAAAAAAAAAAAAUAAGAAAAACACAAAGUGAUUAUUAUUAAACUAUGAUUAUUAACUCAUAACCGAGAAACACAAGUACUAAUUAAACAAGAGAGAGUUUGAAUACAGAACCACACUUUUUAGCCAGGUCAUGAAUUUUCUCACGUUGCAUAUAUUACUUUUGUAACAGGUACAUUACAUAACACAUUAUGAUCACGGUCACAGAAACCAUAUAAGAGGCACCGCGUUAUCACGAAGCGACCAUUAGAUUUUUUUUUUCUUUUUCUUGAACACGUUUACGCGAACAUAUAAAUUGAAAAAACAGUUGCGAUAUCAUAUUUAUACAUAUUUAUACAAGGAAUAAAAAAUUCCAAAGAUAAUAUACGAUUUUUUUGAUCAAUCAAAUUGAUAUUAGAUAUUAUUAUAUAGUUCUGGAGAAACAAACUAUCAACGAUUUAUAUAGUUUGAUCGGGGUUAACUUUGUUUGACAAUCAAGCCAAGAUUUUUAAUUUUCUAUUACGAUAUAAGAAUAUUAAAAAAAAAAGAAGAAGAAGAAGAAGAGAAAGUAAGCUAAAAAAAUAACGUGGUUCACUUGUGGUAUUCGUGAACGAGAUCGAUUAUAGAUUGCGUGUAUUCACUAAGUAUGCACGUUCAGUACAGUACAGUCGUUCAUUACAAAGCAUUACAAAUACAAUACAAAGUAGCGUAGUGUUCAUAAUGGUAGUCCACUUGUAGCGAAAUAGUGUUUAAACAGUCCAAGCAAGCAGCAAGCAAGCAACAAGAAAAAACUGGAAAAAAGACAUAAUCGUCAAAAAAAUUGCAGGUAACCAUAAAAAAAAAAUACAGUAAACGUGAAUCGAUCUUCGUAAAGUACGUGCAAGACACGCACACUCAUACAUAUACACAUGUACACAUGCACACGACACAUGUAUUAUAUACACAUAUAUUGGCACAUAUGGCGAUAUUACAAGUUCAUUCUCAAGCGCGUCGCAAAAAAAAAAGAAAAGAAAAGAAAAGAAAAGAUGUUACUCUAAAGAUAUGAAAAAAAGAAAAGGAAAAAUAAACUUAUAUAUUUAAAUACACUCGUGACACAAAUACAAAGACACGAUAUACACAUAUAGGCGACGCGAUUUCGACAACCACGUGACAGAAAACGCAAAGCGAAUUCACUCGCAGAAGUAUAAAAAAAAGAAAGAAAGAUAGAAAAGAGGGUCGAGGGACGUUUUAAACGUAGACCCGUCGGCGUCGCGCGAUUUAUAUAGCUAUAUUGUAUUAUGCAUGUCGAUAUACGGUCACAUAUAACGAUGGAAAAUGAAAGUAAACCGAAUGGAACAAAAUGAGAAAAAGAAAAAAAAGUGGAAAAAGUAACUGGAAAAUAAUGCCGGACAGGGAGACCGGGCGUCCCCCCAUUAAAAUAAUAAUUACACAUACAUACUCACUCACAUAACACAUACAGAGUACAUCGACGCGUACGACGUACAUUACGUCGUCGUUGAAACGUUUCAUUUUGAAAGUACCUUGCGCGAGUCGUCUCGAAUCGUUUAAGUACAAAAAGAUAAAAAGAAAAUAAAAAAAUAAAAAGAAAGGGAGAAAAGAAGAAGGAGAAGAAAUGCUGUCUCGAUGGACGAGAUGCGUGCGAUCCACGUUCCACGCGAUUCAGAAACCAGGGUAUUGAGUAUUAAUUCGUGGAUUCGGUGAAGAAAUCAGGUUUCCUUUUUUGUGUUUGAGGCCAUCAGCAACGAGCAUCUUUUGCGUGGGUUGUAUAUGAAUCGGAGGGAUUCACGAUGCUGAGUGAUAAAUUUGAGGAAAUCGCGUGUCACGCCUCUUUCGUUAAAUCCCCGACAGGCAUUAAUGAGUUCCUGGAAUCAAAUUGGUUGUAAGAAUUAUAUUUAAACGAUGUUUUGCCUGUUCAAUUCAAAAGGUUGUAUUAUACGCAACGCGAAUCCCUUCGCGUUCGUUUUCAAAAUGCUUCUAUUUUUUUGAAUGAAUGAAAUAUCGAUAUGCGAACAAAAAAAUACAUUCGCAUAUUAUUUCAAAGAAUAUUUAUUAAAAACGCUGAUGAACAAAUAAUAUAUAUAUACGCUUUGUUGCGCUGAUUUUUUGGCUUUAUUAAUAUUACGUAUGUCAAUCUAUGCAUUUUUUAUCACUGUUUUUAAACGCUGCGAGUAUGAGAUACAAAAAAAAAAAAAGAUUGAAUUACGUUCUUCUCAAACCUGUUUUCGUGCAAUCUCGUGUUAUUUUAUUUUAUUUUAUUUUUUUUUUUUUUUAUAUAUCUAUACGCUUUGAUAGAUUUGACGGAUUCCAAAUGUUUUAAUCAGUGGAUAACGUGUGAAAUUUCUAACGCACAGACGUAAAACCAUGAUUCUUCUUGCGUCGCGUGAAACGUCGGGCAAAAUAUAAUAAAAUGAAAAACUAUCAUUUUUAAUUAUUGUCGUCGAUAACCUCGUAAGUAAUUGGUAAUUAUCGUAUAGCCAUAAUUUGUUCGUUGUCCUAUCCUGCAAAACGAAUGUUGAAAAAAUGGAGAGAGAGAAGUUAUAUAGUAUGGAGGAAUGUGAGUUCGCAGUGAAAACAGAUGUCCGGUUCGCAUUCUUGAAUUUCGCGAGUCUUUCGGUAUUAAUAUAUUAAUUACGUAUACAAAUCGCUAAUUCAUUCCACGUUCUAUUGAAGUUGAAACACGGUCUUUCGAAGACGAGCGCGCAUUCACGAGUAGUACAUCUUAAAAAAAGCACAUAAUAUCCAUGAUUAUUCAAUAAUUUAGAUAUUGGUGAUUCAAAAUUAUUUUCUUAAAUUUUGUUUUAUAAUACUGGCUGAAUGUAUGUGCAUAUUUGUAUCUUUUAUAUGCAUAUUUUAUGCAUAUUUUACAUUUUUUAUAAAAUACAUUUCGUAAAAAAUAUUUAAAGCAAAGUAACAGUUGCUUGAUUCUAUAUUUUAAUGUGCUAAUAAUAACAAUAUAGAUAAUGACUGAAUUUAAUUAAGACUGAAUUCAUCGAUCUAUCAUCUUUCAUCUUUUACUCUCUGAAUAAAUGGUCCCUCUUUCAUUUAAUUUUCCGUAUUAAAUGAACUCUGCCUCUAUUAAAAUAUUUCGAUCAGUUAAGCUUAUUAUUGAUGACAUAUCAAUGAAAUUUUUCGAAAAUCGAAUUUGAAAAAAGAUAUAAAAUAAUAAUUUCGAUUAAAAAAUCGAUCGUCUGGAUCGGAAAAUCUGGAUGUCAUGUGCUUUAAAAAAGAUCAAAUGUACAUAGCGUAUACAUAAUGAAGAAAAAUCGGCGUGUAGUAUACGAAACCUUACGAUUCGCGAUGCCGAAAAGGAAGAUAAUUAUGUUUUGAGCCGCGUUGCCAUUCACAGGGCAUGCGACCAUGCCACUUGUUUCAAUCGAUUCAAUUCGAUUAAUUAAAACCCCAUUCGAUUCGCCUAAGGUUUUCAACCGUGUAUGCCUCACAGACAACGAAUCUCUCGACUUGCUAAGCGACUCGCGACUAGCAAUAGUUUCUGCAAUCUCCUCAAUACAAUUAUUUUAAGUGCAUAACUAUUGUCACGUAGGACAGGACUUAUAAAUCGUUGAAAAUAAAGUGUCAAAAAAAAAAAAAAAAAAAAAA